AUGCAUACAGAUCAUGGCGGCUUCGGGGCUGUUGUGGCUGCUGCAUGCACGAUCCGACACGAUGGGCCCUCCACAGGAAUCCGCCUCCUCCGGCGUUAUUCUUCCUUUUUCCCUCCUUCCCCGCUUUUUAUUUCGGUGAAACUGAUUUUCUGCGCCUCUCCUCGUAGCGCCCUGUUGGCGGCGUGCAGGAAUCUUCGCCCGCCGACCGACACCGCUCCCCUCCCCCCUUCAACCCUAGUGUACGUCCAGCCUUCCAGUGCCAUCAUGGCUGUUCCCGCGGUCAAAUUGACCGCGCCGGCCUUCCGACUGCAGCGGGGCCCCUCAGUCGCGGCGGCUGUACGUCGGGGGGCCCUCUGGGCCCCCCCUCGCGCUUCUCCCUGCGCAUCUACCAAGGCGCCGUUCUCGCAGCCAACGAGCCCCCCCCUUUUCGCCCCUCUCCUCUCCGUGCUGUCCGCCUUCUCCUCGUCGGGACGGGCUGGCAGCAGAGUUGACCUUCUGCAGCGCAGUGCCUCGCCCGCUGGGAGCCCCGCUUGCAGGGGGCCCACCCGCGGCUUCGCAGUCGGUGUUUUCGAGCGAAACAAGCCGCACAUGAACAUUGGAACCAUUGGGCAUGUAGACCACGGGAAAACCACGCUGACCGCGGCUAUCACCAAAGUCCUUUCGACACGGGGAAAAACCGAGUUCAAGUCAUACGCCGAAAUCGAUAAAAGCCCCGAAGAACAGAAGAGAGGCAUCACCAUCAACGCAACGCACGUCGAGUAUGAGACAGCCAACCGACACUACGGCCAUGUGGACUGCCCAGGGCACGCCGAUUACGUGAAGAAUAUGAUCACAGGAGCUGCACAGAUGGAUGGUGCAAUCCUGGUCGUCUCGGCAUACGAUGGCCCCAUGCCGCAAACACGGGAGCACAUUCUCCUGUCUAAACAGGUAGGCGUCCCGCGGCUCGUUGUGUAUUUGAACAAGAUGGAUAUGGCGGAAGAUAUGGAGUUGGUGGACCUGGUGGAAAUGGAGGUGCGAGAGCUGCUAUCCUUUUACGAGUUUCCAGGAGAUGACACGCCCUUCAUCAGAGGGUCUGCCCUGAAGGCCCUAAAUGGUGAAGGAGGAGAAUACGGCGUUGACUCUGUCUUGAAGCUCAUGGAGGCGUGUGACGCGUUCAUACCGGAGCCUGAGAGAAAGGCUGACCUGCCGCUUAUUCUUCCUGUCGAGCAAGUGCUUUCGAUUCCUGGAAAAGGCACUGUGUUGACAGGUCGCAUCGAGCAGGGAACUUUAAAGGGGGGGGAGGCUGUAGAGAUUGUUGGCGUGCGGGAGAAGCCGAUUAAGGCGCAGAUCGCAGCGCUGGAGAUGUUUAAAAAGACUCUCGAUGAGGCUCGGGCCGGCGAUCAGACGUACAAGAAAUUUUCUGCGGAUAUCUACGUCUUGAAGGAGGAUGAGGGGGGCCGGAAGAAGCCUUUCUUUUCAUACUAUAAACCACACGCCUUCAUUCGGACAGGCGAUAUGGCCUGCACGAUUACCCUUCCCGAAGGGAAGGAUAUGGCAAUGCCAGGAGACAGUGUGCAAGUGGAGGUUGAGCUCUUGCACCCCGUGGCGCUUCAGGAAGGCCUUCGCUUUGCUCUAAGGGAGGGCGGCAAGACCGUUGCUUCGGGCCUUGUUACAAGGCCCAUCAGCUGA